AUGCAGAGCUGGCGAAACGCCCUUGCGCAACUUCGACAAAACCCUCUGGCCAGAAGAAUAGACACCUACUCCCCGCGGUCGGAAACCGAGCGAGCGCUUGUUGAGAGCAUCAAACAACUCGAAGUGCAAUGCAAGGAACGCAUCGACCUACUCGAAGCACUCAGGUUGUCACGGCAGGAUGAUAUGACCUCGUCCUCCCUCACGCCUGAUCCCCAGUCUCUCGCACAGCCAAUCUGUUCAGACACCUCUUCUGCUAUCCCGUCAGCUCCCGAGCGUGGGUGGCUGGGCGACGGAACCAUUCCAGCUCUGUCAUAUACCGACCUAUCCAGGCCACCAACACUACCGCGCCGACCGGCCCCUCCUGACAGGGCAUCGUCUGAAAACACCGUCAUCAAUAGCGAAUCUCUAGCCUUGCGAGAAAACAGCAUGUCACAAACACCGUCACGACCAUCCUUGCCGCCUUACGGCUCCUCGAGCAAUACCAUAGCCUCGCUGACGAGCGGUGCGGAGCUGUCUGAAAGUCCCGAAAAGCACACGAUGCGAACUACCCUGAGGUCAAAGAGAUCCGAUAAAGCCUCAAGCACGACAAGCCGGCCAAGAAGCUCAACUUCAAACAAGAGACCUGGCGCGAGCAUGGCGGCAACGCUCGCUUGGUCAGGAAGAGACACGAAGGACAGUAAGCCUCGAGCUCCAGGCAAAAGCCAAGCUGCCCUCAAGGCCAGGACUCCCGAGCAGCGUCGCUCCGAAGAUGUCGCGCGGCCCAUGCCAGGCAGCCGGCACAGCCAGUGGGACAGCCAUACGAGAAGACUGGUCACUGCCCGCGAAAGUGCUACGUCCACGUCUGCGAGUCGGUCCAGCCCGGAACCGCCGCGCGGCUCAGGCGAGUUUUCGCACACAACUUCCUCCACACUUGCAUUAGGCGCUGCAUCCAGCGCACUUAACAGCCUAAACUUGCAAGAUCGAUCUGAUUCAUCCCAAAGACGUGAAGUUCGAGAAUAUCUUUCGAAAAAGGGAGCUGCCGCCGCACAUGAAAAGCCCCUUAGGGUCGGGCCUGGCUCUGGCUCACCAAUGAACGGCUUAUCAUCCACUAACGGUCAGGUUAGACGGAAGCCAGCAACUAGGCUCAGUGGCUCUGAGCCGAAUAGCACACGGAAACGUAGUUCGAGACGAAGUACGAGUCAAGAAUGGAAAAAUGCUUUGGAGUCGACCGACGAAGAACUGGUGGCCCCGCGAGCAGGUCAGCGACGGGUAAAGGACUCGCAGCAGAACGGACACGAUUCUUUGGAUGACGCAGAGGGUUCAGCACAGACUUCGGAGGAUGAAGAUGUUCAGAGGAUAAAGAAGGAGUGGCAGAAACGCAAGAAGGCCGUCCUCCGCAACUUACCACCAGGAGUAGAUGAGGCUGCGGCACAAGCCAUUUUCAACGAAAUUGUCGUACAGGGGGACGAAGUACACUGGAACGACGUUGCUGGACUGGAGAUCGCGAAGACAGCAUUAAGGGAAGCUGUUGUAUAUCCCUUCCUGCGGCCCGAUCUCUUCAUGGGGCUUCGCGAGCCAGCACGUGGUAUGCUAUUGUUUGGGCCGCCAGGUACUGGAAAGACCAUGCUGGCCAGAGCUGUGGCUACGGAGUCAAGAUCGACAUUCUUUUCGAUAUCUGCCAGCAGUCUGACGAGCAAAUACUUGGGAGAGUCCGAGAAGCUCGUGCGUGCUCUAUUCGGCCUCGCACGGGUGAUGGCCCCGAGUAUCAUCUUUGUGGAUGAGAUAGAUUCACUGCUAUCGCAGCGCUCCGGGUCAGGCGAGCAUGAGGCAACUCGGCGCAUCAAGACAGAGUUUCUGAUACAGUGGAGUGACCUGCAAAGAGCUGCAGCAGGCAAGGAAGCACCCGCAGGCAUGAAAGACCGUGGCGACCCCAACCGCGUACUUGUACUGGCAGCGACGAACUUACCUUGGGCCAUUGAUGAGGCAGCACGCCGGCGAUUUGUUCGGCGGCAGUAUAUACCACUGCCCGAGGCAGAGACACGAUCUGUACAACUCCGGACACUCUUAGGCCAGCAGAAGCACAGUCUGACUGACGAUGACAUUGUUGACCUGGUCAUGCUAACUGACGGCUUCUCCGGCUCCGACAUCACGGCGUUGGCUAAGGAUGCUGCAAUGGGGCCUUUACGGUCGUUGGGAGAAGCGUUACUGCACAUGACCAUGGACGAGAUUCGUCCGAUCGGCUUUGAAGAUUUUCGGGCCAGUCUGCGCACCAUCCGUCCGAGUGUGAACAAGGAAGGCCUCAAAGAAUAUGAGGACUGGGCAAAGCAGUUUGGAGAACGCGGGGGCUGA